AUGAUCGAUUGUAUCUUCGGUGGUAUCAUCGCAGAUGUCAUCGAUUGUAUCAUCGGUACUAUCAUGGGUGAUAUCGUCGAUUGUAUAAUCCUGCGUAUCGUGGAGCGUUUCGACGACCGUAUUAUCGAUCAUCUUGGUAGAAUCAAGCGUAACCAUCUCAAUGAAGCAGAUGAUAAUGAAGAGGAUAGUGAUGAGGAUGAUAGCGAAACGGAUAGUGAUGAGGAUGAUAAUGCAGAGGAUAGUGAUGAGGAUAAUAAUGAAGCGGAUGAUAGUGAAGCGAAUACUGAUGAGGAUGAUAAUGCAGAGGAUGAUACUGAUGAGGAUGGCGAUGAGGAUGAUACGGAAGGUAAACGCGAUAGCAGUCGCAACGGAGCAGAUGUUAAUCCACACGUUCAUGAUGGUACCGAUCAGUCGCUGGAUCGGCUGGAAGAGUUGACUCCACUGACUAAGGAUUCGCAUGACAUAGUUGACCAUCCCCGGUUAUUUAAGAUGACAGAUUUUAAUAGUCUAUCAGGAAAUUCGCCAUUCGGCAACGUUUAUAACGGCUUAGCAGAUAGGAAAGACGAUAGAUGUCGUAUCAUCGAUGGUAUGGAGGUGAGCAUCAGACAUAUGGUUCGUAUCAUCAAUCGUAUUGAGAGUAUGGAGGGUAUCUUCGAUCGUAUCAAGCCUAAAAACGAAAGUAGGUAUCGUCUCAUCAAUCGUAUGUGUUGUAUCAAGAAUUAUCUCCAACCUAUCAUAUUUCGCGUGGAGGUUAUCAUCGAUCGUAUCGAACCUAUCAACGGUAGUACGGAUCGUAUCAUCGAUCGUAUGGAUCGUGCAAUCGAUCGUAUUGAGGCUAUCAACCAUAGUAUGGAUCGUAUCAUCGAUCGUAUGGAUUGUGUCAUUGAUCGUAUUGAGCCUAUCAUCGAUAGUACCGAUCAUAUCAAGCAUCGUAUCGAGCCUAUCAUCGAGCGUGUCGAAGCUGUCAUCGAUGGAAUCGAGCCUAUCAUCGAUCGUAUCGAGCCUAUCAUCGAUAGCGUGGAGUGUAUUAUCGAUCACGUGCUUCCUCGGCGUUUUACAUAA